UGCCCGGAUAAAGAACUUAAAAUUGGAUCUGAAUUUUUCACUUUUAGGAUAAAAAUGCACCAUUUUAUGGAGGAAUUGUAGCAAAACAAGGUUUGCUGGUUACACGAUGGUGUGCAAGGAUGAGGUUUACACAUGGUUCAAAAAUUUAUCUGGCCCGAAACGCAUCGACUUUGUGUGUGGAUUGCUACAUAUGUGCCUCCCCUUGGAACUCAGGUUUUUUGGAUCAGUUGUGGAGGAUUUGGCUAAAAAGGAUUACCACUAUUUGAGACAAGCAGAGAUUAAAUCAAAUGAUGCUAUAGAUUUAAAACAUUUGACACGUGUGACAGACGAAAUAGUCAGGCACAGACUUAGUGUAGCUCUAGCAUUAGUACAUUCAACGAACAGUGAUUGUUCGAAUACACUAUUCAAUAUUUUGACGUACCUCACGUCUUGUGUUAGUAUGAUACCUCUUAAUGAUCACAGUGCAAAGGAGCUUUUGCUCAUGUACAUUAUGGCCACAAACCAUCCAGCAUUUACAUUUGACCAGCGGCAGCGUCUAUUUGAGCAACAAAUGUCUAUAGAAAAUCACUGCAAGGACUUUUUACAGACUGAAGGAUGUGAUAGAUGUCAGGGUGGCUUGGUGACCACAGGGACUGAAACAGAUGGAUCUAUCAUACACAAACCAGUUUGCGUUGAGGAGAUUGCCGUUGAGUGUUGUAGAUUUAUCAACAAUCACUAUGAGUUUAACAUACAGGUGAGCUGGGACAAUGGAGACAUCUCAGAGGUGUGUAAAACUUACCAGGACCUACAUGAGUUUCACACAAAGUUGUUGAAACUGUUUCCCGAAGAAGCUGGAGCACAUCGUCAGAAACGGAAAAUCCCAUACUUUCAAAGUCUGCACAGCAAGCAGCGUGCACUGAAGGAGGAAUCACUGGAUCACAUCAAGUCAUUGGUUGUUGAGUAUACACAACAACUAGCUGCUCUGCCCUCAUAUAUCAUGGAAUGUGACCAUGUGGUGACAUUCUUCAAUGGGAUGACUGAUGACCAGACAACAAGCAGCAGUUCUGCCAAAUCAUCUCCAGUUAAUAACCAAUCAAAUGCUAUGAAUCAUGCCAAGUCUCUAAGGAACAGCCAAUCAGAGCCUGUAUAUACCCCUGAACCCCCUGAAGAUGGCAGCAUAAUCAGCCCGACAGGCCAAGUGAAAACAUGCACGAUUUAUAACUCUCAGAUUGGUGACUCUCCCAUCAAGCCAGUAACUCCCCCUAUUGGUAAGAUGGUUGAUCCAGUGCAACAAUCUGCGCCAAUCAACAAUGUCAACACCCUAGUCACAAACCAUAGACACACAUAUACGUUUGUGGCAAGUUCGCCUUCACCCCAUGGAUCUCCUCUCCCCUCCCCACUCUCUUCUCCACAUAUCUCCCCCUCCCUCUGCUCUCCAAUGGUGCUAACUAGUGGCGGUAGUUCUCCGGUACUACCCCCAGGGAACUCCCCUCAGUCCUCCCCAAGGCCAGGUAACGCAAUACAGCAGUGGCUGAAGAAGAUACGUCUUCACAAAUACGCAGACAGACUCAGUACUUACACAUUUGAAGAGCUCUUACGCUUGUCAGACAAAGAUUUUCAAAAUCAGGGACUUACAGAAGGUGCAAUCGGGAAACUGCGGCGAGAAAUCAACUGCAUCAAAGAAAACAAAAAUGUGAAUGGGAUCUCAAUGCUCGACCCCAAUGGUCACGUAGUAUUCAAACGCUCUCCACAAAAUGCUUCGCGUCAACUAAUGUCUCCCCCUGUGUACAAUAUUGCGCAAGGAUACCUUCAGCCAAGCGGACUUCUUGCACCAGUUCAGAAACUAUUUCCCCAGCAGAUGGAGCCAUCAGUUGCAAGUAGUAUCGAUAGUUCAUCAUUGUGCUCAGAAUACUCUAGUCCAGCUGCUAGCCCUGUGCCUGAACAUGUAAAGUCUGGAGAUAGCCAAGAUGAACUCAUAGAUUCAGACUCUCAACUUCAAAGCCCCACAAAUAGAGGAAGGGAAGACUUGCAUACACUUCUAAACAACUCAUUGGAUCAACUCGAGGCAUAUAGUAGCAGUCAGACUAAUAACCCCUGUGUAGACAUGGUGGAUGGGUCAGCCCCAUUGACUAGUCAAUUCUUAAAUAAUGCGCCUAGCCAGUAUGUGCCAACUCAGAACUCAGUUUCAGUGCUUAUUCCCUCAGAUAGGACUAUAUCAACUAGUUAUCAAUCACUAGUCACCAUAGCAACAGCUCCCUCUAGUGUGCUGGCCCCUGGUGAACAAACUAUAGUAAAUAUGCCAUCUGGUGGCCAAAUAAGAAAUAUAUUGCCUCCAGGAGAGCACAUGCCCCCUGGUGGCCAAAUACGGACAAUGAUGUUGCCAUCUAGUGAGCAGUCUGUCUCUGUAGUGCCACAGAGUGGCCAAAUAAGAAACAUGGUACCCUCGUGUGAGCAUACUUCAAUGCCCCCUGGUGGCAAUAUUAGGGCGAUGAGACCCCAAAUGAUUGGCCAUGUCAACCCACAUGUACCAAUACAAAUCUUGCCUCAUCCUAUGAUAUGGCAGCAACAGCAGCAAGUUCGCAUGCCCAGGCCUGCAAUUAAGCCCGCUGGUCACCAGACCAAUGCCCCUACUAAUUAUAUGACCUCAAAGGUACCUCUAAAUGGCACUCCAAACCCUGUCAGCCAGUCGGGCAGUUCUGUAGCCAGUGGCAACCCUAACUCUGUGAAUACCAACACAGUAAGUGACGUUGUAGCUGAUAUCAGUAAACCCCCAAUGAACAGUGUAAGCGUCUCAGCAUCACCAUUGGUCUGUGCAGGUGUACAAUCACCAGACAUCAUCGCCACUAGAUCAGGCAGCUCCUCUUAUGUGACUACAGUGCCAUCUAUCCCUGGGUAUCCUGUACAACAACAAGUGCCUCCAGCGCCAGUAGCUGACGAACUGAAUGAUAAAAACAAGCUGAAUAUCAGUACAGAUGGGCAGCCACCUAUUUAUAAAAGUGUUGUGACAUUUACACCCAUUCAGAAGUCUGCUAAUCCUAUGAUAAACUCAAUAGAAAAUGUCCAGUUCCGAGAUUCCGAGCUGGUGCCCCCCACCCAGUGUCACCCAAGGGCUGAAAGCCCAGCACGCCAAGAACCUCCCCAAAUGAUUACUGUGUCUCAGGCAGCGUGUGAUAAGCCCCUAGGGGUCAUACCCUCAACAAGUUGCCCACCUCCAGGGAAUAUAGUACCCCAAGAGAUCAUGUCACCCCCAAGUGGGCCACCCCCUGGGGUCAUUCCCCCUCAAGGUUGCCCACCCCCAGGGGUCAUGUUGCUUCCCCAAGGGGUAAUACCACCCUCAGGUCCACCUCCUGUGGGGGUCUCAUCUCCAAGCACUGUCUCCACAGACUCGGAUACUGCACAAUGUGUAGAUAACAUCGAUAACACUACAAAGAAGCUAGAUGAAGGGGAAUCUGUAUCAGUAUCAAAAAAUGUUCAAAAUUUUGAAAGUUUCCCGCAACAUCUGCCGCAUAGUUCUGCAGUUGUGCCUCAUUCUGGUUGGAACCAUCCAGUGGUGCCCCCUGGUGUACAAAUGUUGCCACCCCCUAUGAUCCCUGGUACUGAUCACCGCAACAUGACUGCAACUCCUCCCGGGGGACAGUCGGGACAUCAUGGAAGCCAGCCAUCUUGUAGUAACUGUGGAUGUAACGGGCAACAUAAUGCCGCGAAUUACGCACCAUAUAACGUAACAUUUAUCAGACAACCUCUGCCUUAUAUGGCGCAUCCUAAUUUCAUCCCACCGACUUCUAACGGACUAGUGAAUCACCUAGCUGGGCUUCCCUUUAGUCCUAUGCAUCAUGGACAUCUCCCAAAUGGCCUUAGUCAGGAUCUUAUGUACAAUCAACACAGUCACAAUGUUAACGUUUUGCCAUCGAGACCACCUGGAACUCCCCCAGGCCAUUUUAGACUACCCCAUAUGCCUUAUCAUAGCAUUGCCCAAAAGCCCCAUGGGAAACAUAGGCUGUCAUGUUAUAACUGUGGCGUGGCAGGACAUCGGGCGUCAGAAUGUACUCAGAAGACAAUGGACUCUGUGACAUCACAAGGUCACUAUCAUCUGAACUACCAGCCAAAAUCAGACUCUGACUGACAGGAGCAGUCUCACAGUUACCACAUAUAGAUUGACUGUCAGCAAAUAAUAUCGUAUACAGAAACCAUGUAGAUUAUGUCACUGUGAAGAUUCUGUUUCAUUGGCAACUAUGUACUAUAGUUUUAAGAGGGUAACGAUAAAUAUUGAGUCUCUAUGACAAUUGUAUACAUGAUGUAGCUAUGGCAACCAAGUAUAUAAUGUUAAAUGGUAACUUUGUACAUUUAUCACCACAUAUUGUCACUGGUAGCCACUAACAUCACGAUUCUAUGGUAAGCUCCAUACUUUUGUCACAGAGAGUAGUUACUAAAGAGACAAUAUAUAUAUUAUGACCUGGUGGUUGCUAUGUACAUUUAACAUCUGGUAACCACUUAUAGUAUGUCUUGUAUUGCAAUGAAUCAUGGUUUAAUGAAUCUGAAAUGUGAUUCACAGCAAACCAUUGCUUCUUCCAAGCCCUUUUUCUAAUCAUCCUUAUCUGCUGCGAUACAUGGAUCUGACAAAAGCCAUCUUUAUUGAGCAUAACUAGAUACAAGGCCAUCUAGUGAGCAUAAUUUGAUUUUUAAGGCCCUCUAGUGAGCAUAGUCUGAUGCUAGGCCAUCUAUUGGAGACUACAAUGCCAUCUUGUGGCAGAAAAACACUCAAUUUGACCAAAGACAUAAGGAAGUGAUUAAGAUUUGAAUAGAAUGAUUUGACUAAAUGGCAUGUAUACACACAUGUACAUGGACCAUAACGAGCCUUUUAUACAGUACUUAAAGUAUGUGCCAGAUGAUACCGGGCAGUCGGAAUAUUGGGUAACGACAUAAGUAUAUGUACAUUUUAUGUUAAUGUGGUGUGUAACUGCCACAUGUCCAAUCAAAAUAAGGAAAGUUUAUGUUUGCGCUGUACAUUAUAUGACGUACAACAAGCACAUAUCUCAUGAAUGCUGCUAUAUGCUUUAGUUUACAAGUUUAAGAUAAAACUGUAUUAUAUAAUAAUUACUAUUGUAUGUGAUGUGAGUGUUUUAUGACGUGUGACUGAGAAUUCAGAUUCAUUUAGUUACGCCAUAUUUUUGAAUGGUAAGUUUUACCAUGUAAUGUAUAAAGUAAUGUAUUUUAAAAGGUGUAACAUCAGAGCAUGUUAUUUGGAUGAGAGGUAUUGCUAAAAAAUGAUCAGACUAAAUCCCAACAAUUCUCGCAAGAAUCAGGGGGCCGUUUCUUUAAAAUGUUGUAAAAUUCAGUUGUAUUUUAUGAUACUCAUCAAUAGUUACUGUAAAUACCUACAAAUAUAUUUUGCAAAUCAAUAAUUUAAUUUGAUAUUUUAAGAUAAUGGCUCUGGAAUUAACAAAAGCCUCAUCGAUUCAACUUUCUGAAUUUAUUUAUGUUUUUGAACGUGACUGCCAUGACAUUGAUUUUGGGUAACUACUGUACUUUUUUUAUCACACUUUUAAAAAGUGCUUUAUUUUCAUUAUCUUACAUGUCUUAGAGACAGGCGCCACAUAAAUCUUGUUAUCAAAAUUCCAGGAAAACUGCUUCUCCGUUGAAAUUCUUACAGAUGUUACAGAUGCAAUAACAGACUAGUGCCGAGAUUUUGAUUUGGUUUUGUGCAUGCUUACUUCGCAUUCUUACUUAUCAGCUGGCGUCCUGCACAAAUGUGACUGGCGUGUUACAUGGCAGCCAUUUUGCUCUUCAUACUUCAAAGUUCGAUAUUUAUCACUGUGUGACUUAAAAUAUUUAUUUGCAACAAUGAACUACAUUUUUGAGGGUAUUACCUUGGAGUAUUUGGUGUAAGAAGAGGAUACAAACAAAUAUAAGUAUUUAUAAAAGUGUAGAAUUCUCUAUUGAAUUUUAUUUAUCUGGAAGAUAAUGCAUUAAGAAGGAAUUUUAUUCGAAAGAAUGAAAUAUUGCAAUAGUAUGUAAAAAGAAACAAAAACGGGUAGAAUAUUUUAAGUGUAUUUGUAUAAAGUAUACUGUAUAAAGCAACUUUUGCCAAACAUUCAGUCAUUGAUUGCUAACUCAGUUAUGGAUUGCAAAUUCAGAAAUGGAUUGCCAACUCUUGUUUUGGAUUGCAG